AUGUACGACGACCGAGGCAAACUGGUCGAGUGGUGGACGCGGCAGACGCACCGCAAGUUCAUCACGGGUUCGCGCUGCCUGCUCGAGCAGUACGACCUGUUCAGCAACCCGGUCACCGGCAAGAAGUUGAGCAUCAAUGGCACGCUCGAAAUCAACAUUGCCGACAAUGCCGGACUGAGGCAAGCCUUCAAGGCAUACCGCGUGUACAUGAUCAAGUACGAGGAGCUUUACGGCAUGUACGCCAUUCCCGGUACGGAGCCGUACACAAUGGACCAAAUUUUCUUCAUCGCCUAUGCGCUUUCGAGGUGUGAAGUGGCCCGCAAGAGGUCCAUGUACUCUUACCUCAACCCGCGAGAAACGACACCCAGCCGCUACAGGACCAUCGUACCACUGAUGAACUUCGAGCGGUUCUCGGAGGCGUUUGGCUGCCGUGUUGGCACCAUCAUGAACCCCGAGCAGAAGUGCAUCGUCUGGUGA